AUGAACGAACCGACAGUCGUCAAGCGACUGCAUAUCUCGGGCCUCACGCCACAGAUCACGCAGGACCACCUGCGUGACCGCUUCAAGUCUUUCGGAACAGUACUCGACCUCGAGGUCCCCGGGCCCAAUGCGUUUGGAGAGCCCCGCGCCUUCGUCUAUCUCAACAUCGAGACUACGCCUGCCCAGCUGCGAAAAUGUGAGUGGCAAUUUUGGAAGGGGCGAGCUUCCUUAGGUUUCACGGAGCUAACAUCAGGCCUGAACAUCAUGUCGGGUGCGCACUGGCGUGGCGCACAGCUGCGUCUCGCUGAGGCGAAGCCGCGAUGGGAUGUCAAGUAUGCGUCGGGCUCGGCGUCGUCGUCAAAGGGAGAUGAGGCGAAGCGGGCGCGUAAGCGUCUGCGCCGCGCCAUCGUACAGACGGGCGGCAAGCACGCGCAGGACAUGCGGCUGGUGACCGAGCCGCGGGGCAAGUUCUGGAAGAUCGAGAAUGGCCACCUCGUCCGGCCGAUCUCUAUGCGUCCGUCGCACCCGCUGCCGCCGGCGCUGAGCGCCGAGACGAAGGAGAAGGUCGCUCGGCGACCGAUGAAGCGUAUGCCCCGCCGCGUGAUCGAUCCGGAACGCUGGGGGGCCGCGCACGAGGUCUUCCCCGAGCUCGACGUGGAGCGGGAGGACGGAUGGGAGUUUGAGUCCGCCGAUGAGGAGGAGGAGGAUGACGAGGGUCGCGUUCUGCUCGGACACUGGCGGAGAGGAGAGGAGUCGUCGCCUGUGUAUGGACGGGUGCAGCCGAGUGCCGAGGACCUGUAUGCGACGGAGGAGAGCGAGAGCGAAUACGAUGCUGGAAGCCGCGCGUCAUCGCCCAUGUUCCCUGCUCGCGAUGGGUCGGCGUCGCCCCUCUUCCCGAAUCGCGAUCGGUUGGCGUCGCCUCUCUUCCCUUCUAGAGCGGACAGGGAGCGAUCAGCGUCGCCCUUGUUCCCAUCACGACGGGAGGAGCGCGAGCGCUCAGCUUCCCCCCUCUUCCCGUCGCGAGCGGCGGACGGUGAGCGCGAGCCGUCCAGCCCGUCAGAGGGGGCUGCCGAUGCUGGCUCCGAUCGAUCAGUGUCUCCGCUCUUCCCGACUCGCAUGCCGCGAUCCGGUUCCUCAUCGCCCCUUUUCCCCUCUCGCACAUGA